CCUUUAUUCAGUAAUUCUGCAAUUUUUCAGAUUUCGUCUUAUUGAUGGUAUCAGUUUGUUAUCUUCGUUCAGAGCUACCAAACUGCAAAGCAAGUCGAGAUGGCGAGGAGAAUCGAGACCAUUCACUCUGCCUGCAAGAGAUGCUCCUCUGUGGUAGCGGUCGGCAUCAUAAUCUACGUCUUCUUUUCAAGCGAGGUGGUUAUCAACAAGGGAAAGUUGCUCUCCAGAAUAUAUCAAUAUGCUGGUGAUAUCGACACAGACACAGACCUCACAGUCAUCUCUGUAGACACAAGAAGAAGACUGGCAAAGCUUGUGGCAGAGGUCCAGAAUGAAAUCGACAUUUUAUCAGGUAAAGACCCAAAGAUUCAAGGUCAGUGGUCGGUGAAACUGGCGGCUGUCGCCGGAGAACUGGACCCCAGGUUGCUCUCAUCGCAAAAUCAGGAACAUUUUUCAUCGCGAACUCUGAACAUGAAUCCUGCUUCCCAAGUGGUCGACAAGGAACGGAGUGUUUGCAGUGAGAUCUAUUUGGGCCCCCACCAUGGCUUCCCUUUUUACCAGCAGGGGAUGGAACAAGAGGACUGCGUUUCUGUCCCAAAAAUCAGCUCAGUUUUGACUGCAGUUCUCCCAGCGGUCACUUGGAAACCAGGCACGGUUGAGUUUGUUGUGAAGCAAAUUAGAAAGUUGUAUGAUAUAUCAAUCAUCGCAGUCGUUUCAGAAGGUGAAAAGGUUGACUCAGAAAUCCAAAAUGUUACGGUGUUAGAGGCUGAUGAAAGUUAUGAUGAGGGUAAGACCAUGAACAGAAUAACUGAGUUGGUGGAAACGCCGUUGGUAUUCAUGGGUAUAUCGCUGUCUCACUUCAGCAACCAGUCAUCUCUGGAACGUCUCGUUCGGGUGCUUGACGAUUUGGAAAACGUGAGAGUGGUUGGCGGGGCAGGAAGAGAUUCUGCAGGUCACUGGAAUCAUGGCUGCCUUCAGCAGCGUAUGGCCAUGUACGAAGCGCGCUACGUCUCUGGCUACUAUUAUUCCAGACAUGAGUGCAUGUACUGCGACGAUCUUCUGGUUCCCUUCGUUACUUACAAACAACUGCUGGUGGACCUCCCGUUUUCCAAAGACUUAACUGGUCCCGCUUUAUUUCGUGACUGGUUCGCCAGAGUGACUUUGAAGGGCCAUUUGAUCAUGGCGUGCCCAGACGUGAUGUUUUUCAUGAGCAGUCACGUCGCCAUGAAUUAUGCCAGUUGGUCUGUGAUGGCCAAGAAAUGGCUUUUAGAAAAAAUUCAUAGCUAUGACGAUGAGAUAUAUAAUUUUGAUUGCGAUGAUCUCGGCAUCACUUGCAUGAACAAUAGACAAGCAAUCGAAAGACACCUUCUCCCAAAAUGCUGCAGAACUCUCGUGUUGGAAUUCCUCGCAGAAAUCGACGACUUUGCUAAGAAAAAUGACAUUUACUAUGAACUGCUCGCUGGGUCAGCUUUAAGUGCCGUCAAAAUGGGGAGUAUUCUUCCUUGGGAUUUUGAUGCAGACGUCCUCGUCGACUGCACUGAUUUCCAUAAGUGGGAGGAAUCCGAAAGCGAAUUUGCUUCCUGUAUGUUCUUCAAGCAAACCAAGACAUAUCUGACGAUAUUAUGCUCUUCGUUUUUUGUAGACGUUUUGUGUUACAGGUCCAACUGGACAUCAUUGCAGUAUCUUCCAUCAGAAUAUCAAAAUGUACCGACCACCAUCAAGUAUUCAGGGAGGGAUUUUACGGUGAGUGCUAAUCCUGGUCUAUACAACAGGAAUAAAUAUGGAAUAGAUGUUCUUAAGCAUGCAGGACACUGGACUACGAUAGAGAGAACAAGUGAAGGUAACCUUAGAGGGGGUUACCGUCGUCCAGGGGUCUGGAAUCCGUGUAAAAUACCAGAAUUUCAUUCGUGUCUUGAUCAUUACCCGGGGGAUGGGAGCCUCCCUUUCCUAGAACCAUUUUUAUUCAUAUGAUAAUGUAACGAAAUAAACGAAAGAACUUAUUUUCGUCAGAGAGAGAGUGUGCUCCACCUAUUCCAAGACUUAAAACGAAAACACUUGAUCCAAGAACAAAUCUUGUGAGCCAUAGUGACAUUCAAACCUACAAGAGGUGAUUAAUUGUCUUUCAUUGCUCGCCUAAUGUGGUUACAACCUGCAGAAAUCCUUCUUUUCGUUUAUUUUUUCUUUUAAUAAUCAAUAGAAUGAGAUGAGAAGACUUGACCAAUGCUUGAGCAACAGACGUUAUGAGUAUCAAGCUUUUAUGGAACCUUUUCCUACAAACUUUCCUCUGACAAACCUCACUCCUACGAUGAAGGACGAGGGUAUAAGAGUUUCGUUAAUUAAAUAUGAUUUGUAGAGAAAGCUUGUUGUACGAUCAUAGUUCUUCAAAGAAUUAAAGAUGCAUCAUAUACGAAUCCACUGAAAUUGUAUUAGGCUUCAGUUAAGAAAACUAGAAAAAAUGACUCGGUGUAGACAUUACUGAUAAUUAAAAAUCGUGGAUAUUUGCAGAAUUCAGUGUUCGUACCAAAUGGAUUGAAUGACCGAUUAAGCCAUUUUAAGAAGGAAGCGAAGAGGAUUUAUGUACAUAAUGUUUCUUAAACUGGACGGUUCUCUUGUAAAUAUGCUCAUGGAAAGUGUGAUGUGACUUGCGGGCUCUUUAGAAGCUAUAGACGUCUGCCUCAAGAACCUACAGUGAUGCUGAGAAAGAAAUCAGAAACCAUCCCUAAACAGGACACAUGAAAAGUUUAUAUUGUUUCCGGAAUAAUUAUGCAGUCAUGCUGAUUUUGUGGUGAUUUAAGAAUGAGAAUGUCCUACAACUUUGGAAUGUGAAGUGUAUUUUAUCUGAAAACAUUCCUUAACUUAAGGCGAAUUAAAAAUAGCGCGACUCUGGUUUGAAGGUACGGUACUGCAGUUAUCUGUUACUAUACCUUCCUCGGAUUAUUUUCUUCAUCCUCCCGUCUUUGUAGCUCACCAUACUUGGUUUUCUUCCAUCUGUCCACCUGCCUGUGGUGUUUCGUAUGGUAACACUGCGUCCCGGGCUUUAGAUAGUCACAUUCAGCUUACAUUCAACAAUUAUAAUAAUAUCCUAUUUCGAAUAUUAACGGUGUAAUUCGCAUACAGUAAGUUAUUAAAGCACUUUUCAGUUGAAAAUGUACA